ACUGGAAAUGCUGUGGAGGAGCAACUGCCUGCUUUGGAAGCUAGCUGCUCUUAAUGCAGAGCUGAAUUUACUGGAAGUAAAAAUUAGGCUGAUUGUGUUUUUUCAGGGAGGGGAAUCAGUUGGCCAUGCAUGAAGCUCUAACUUUCUAUAGCAGAAGAAAAAUUUUUGCAAAACGUAUGGACACAUGACAUCUUGCUGAGAUUAUUUUGGAGCUUGGAGAAGUUGUUUGGCUGAUCAUGACCAAGUGUGUACAGAACUGGUCUUCUGGUCGGAAGGAUGCUGCUAAAGGGGACAACUUUAGAGUGGCUGUUAGAGUGAGGCCGCGCAUAGCUAGAGAGAUCAAGGGCAAUGCCGGAGAGUGUGUCCUAGUGAGCCCUGAGGGAAAUGCAGUGACUGUUAAUAAGCCAGAGUCGAGAAGGAGACAGUCACAAAUUGGAAUCGAUGAUUUCAGAGAACUAGUUCGAUCGGACACGAACAACACCCACAAUUUCUUCUACGAUAUCGUCUUCUCCCCUAAUUCAACACAAGACCAGAUAUUUGGUGUGUGUGCUAUGGAGAUUGUUGAGAGUGUUCUACAAGGUUACAAUGGCAGCCUGAUUGCUAGUGGACAAACAGAAUCUGGUAAGACCUUCACCAUAGAGGGAGGUCAUGAGGAGAUGACUAGAGGAAUCAUCCCAAGAGCUACUAAACUCAUCUUUAAACACAUUGAGAACUAUAUAUCCCAGUAAAAAGGACAGGUUUCUAGUGAGGACUUCGUAUAUGGAGAUCUACAAUGAGAGGCUGUUGGACCUCAUGGCAUCCCAGUCGUGACAAUCUUCGUAUUCAUGAGGAUGGUGUGGGCAGAGUUUUUGUGGAUAAUCUAUCAGAGCACGUUGUGAGGAACACGGCUGGUAUAUCAUGUCACUACUGAGAGAGGGGGCUAGACUCCAAACCACCGCUACUACCAAGAUGAACAAGGAGAGAAGUCGUAGUCAUGCAGUGUUCACGAUCAUAGUGGAGCAUGCAGAGCACCAGGCCGACUCCGGGGGUAGCGUGGUUACUAUAUCUGGAAACUAAGACUGGUCGAUCUAGCCGGAUCAGAGAGGUUGAACAUAGAUGCUCAGAGCAAGCAGCAAGAAGAAACUAAGAAUAUCAACGUCUCACUCCACACAUUCGGGAAGGUCGUUACUGCCCUCACGACUCCCGGUGUUGAGUAUGUCCCGUACAGAGACUCUAAACUCACA